AUGCCAGCUAAGCAGCGAAUGCGUGUUGCUAACGAAAAACACAGCCAGAAUGUUAAUACGAGAGGAAAUGUACCCAAAUCUCUGGUGAGUGGAACCGUUUUGUCGCAUGAAAAAAAUUUUCAUCAGCUACGAAUGACGAUCGGGAAUAUGAAACGUUUGACUUCGCCAGGUUGUAAACUUAAAUAUUUUUAUAUCUUUAGAAACCACAAGAAGAGAAAUAUCCCGUCGGUCCUGUUCUUCUUGGACUAUUCAUUUUCGUCGUAUGUGGAUCAGGUAAGACUAAAUACGAAAUGUGGUUUUAAUUUACGCGUCUGUGAUCAGCUUUGAUUCUUCAUUGCGUGUCGUUCGCUUUAGAUUCACAGCCUCAAAAGCCAUUGCCGUUGUCUCUCUACGUGACUGCAUUUUUGUUUUCUUCCCCAGCAAUUUUCCAGAUCAUCCAGAGCAUUAG